AUGAGAAGUUUAAUUUUUAUAACGGUAACUUUGGCGAGCAUUGUCUUGGCCCUAGAUGUCAAAGAAAAAAGUAAAAUAAUUACCUCUUCAACAAUCUACCAUGACAAGCUAACUAUUGAAAAAGGUGUUUAUUUAGGGCUUGUAGGGGGCAACUUCCACAAUUUUCAUUCAGAUGUUAAAGUUCGUGGCGGUCUUUACGUUAGAACGGAUGAUUCUAGUGUCAGAAAAAACAACCGUUUAGUGGGGAACUUUGAAAAUGAUUUCAAUACUGUUAUAGACUUGGAGAAAGAUACCGUCCCGAACUCUUUCGUAUGGCAAGGUAAUUGGUUUCAAAACAUGGGAAACAUGAGUAUCAGAGGCACUCCAUAUGCCUCUAGUAAAUCCCAAAGUUUGACAUUUUCAUCUUUCAGCAAUGCCGGAUUCCUACAAUUUGUUGACACAGGCUAUUUGCAGUUCGGUAAAGAGGGUGGUACGAUAACAAAUACUGGUACCAUUGCCGCUCAGUCUGAUCAAUUCAAUCCCGUAUAUCUUAUUCCACAAUCAACUAUGAAAGGCAAUGGGUGUCUUUGGUUAGGAAGCUACUGCAUUUUUUAUAUUGAAAACUUGAAUAACAUUAAAGUGGAGGAUCAAACCAUUGUCUUGUCAUCAGAACCAAACGCCAUAGUAUUAGGAGGUUCUACAGAUCCCCAAAGCCGAAAACCUUCGAUUACGUCACUGAAAAUCAGAAAUUUCAAUAGUGAGACGUCAAUUUGGUUCCACGAUAACAAGCCGAAAAUCAAAUCCUUUGUUGAUGGAAUAUUAACUGUGAAGACUAUUGGUCGUACAUAUAUGUUAGACUUUGGACCAGGGUAUACGAGUGAUCAGUUUGCCAUUACUUAUACUCCGGUCAGUACUCAACUGUGGCAAAAUGGUAGACCAUUAGACGCUGGUGUGUUGCGUACAAAAAAAGUCAAGACAACACUGCCGGGAUAUCGAGGAUGUAUUGCUCCUCAAGCCAUUCCUAAUUUUGAUAGUUUCAAGGAACGUGUAGUUGGAAAUUUAAAAAAUCGACCUUGCACCCGAUCUUCUACCGUCCACCCUACUCCCCCCUACGGCCAUACUGUAACCAGCUCUUUGGAAAGUACUUGGGGCCAAUCUACCAGCAUCUUUUCGAGCACAGACAGUCAAUAUAAAGUUACCUCCUCCCUUUCUUCCUCGAACAAAGCCAGUCGAACAGCAACUGAUUUCUUCAGUUUUGCCUCCAGCGACGCUUCCGCGCAGUCAUCUGGUUAUAUCCCCAGUCUUUCAAGCUUUACUGCCGCCCAGUCUGCGGCAAAAUCUGCUAGUUACACCUCCGAUGAUCUCUCAUCUCAAUCCGCCGGUCAUAUUACUUCUGGUUUGGACACGACGGGUCGCCAAUCUUUGAUAGGUAGAAGCCAGUCCGCGACUUCAUCUUCUAACUUUGCUACGCCACCUUCCAGUUACAGUAUUCUGAUUCCUUCUAAUCCUACAUCCAUUUUACAUACAUCCGAUGAACUAUCCAUGAGUAGUAGCCAAUUACCAAACGAUAUUACCAGCGAAUUUACGGACACGACCAGCCAAUCAACCGGCAGCAGUGGUCAAUAUUUCAGUAGUUUCAUAUAUCGCAUUUCAAGUCAGAUUACCCUCACUUCUUUAGGCACUACUACCAUUCAAUCAGUACGCGACAUCAUUAACCCAUCUUCAAGAUACAUUUUGUCUGAUAGAGCCGAGAACAAUACAAAAUUCACUAGUAAUCAACCUUCAAAUAUCGUUUUUCAUUCUUCAGUUUCCACACUUUUGACUUCUUCAAUUGCUAACAGUCCAUCUUCAGAUUAUUCCAACGACGAAACCACAGUAACCACUCGAUUUUCAACUUGCUCAACUAGCUUUUCAACUACUAGUGACUCUAAAUUUAAUUCAUUGAAUCAGAUUCCUAGCCCAACUAAUUUUUUUUCAGAUCUUCCAAUCGAAUCUGGAAGCUUUUUCAGCCAACAGUCGAGUCGUAGCCCUUCUGAUUAUUCCAGUACUGCCGCUCUGUCAUCGAGCAAUCCGACUUCAACUCUUUCGAGCACCGGUGCUCAAGCUGAGAAUAGUACGUCUCAGGGAGCCUUAGCCACUAUACUGUCUUCAGGCCUUUAUAGUCGACUCACUUCUAAUCCAUCAAUUACUGUUUUAUUGUCUUCAGGUAGUACUGAUAACCAGUAUAUAGCUACUGCUACUCGAGUUGCAAGUACUAACGACAAAUCGGAAGCUAGUGUCGUUAUUCUUACUUCAAGACCUUCUGCUGAUCAAUAUCCUGAUUAUGCUUCCUCCAGUUUAAUGGGUGGUAUUACACGAUGGGAAAGUAGCCCAAAUAGCCAAUAUUCGACUGCUUUUACUCUUUCACGGUCCUGUACUGGCACCACCGCAUAUUACAGCAACAAUACCCAACACAUAUCGAGUAAUUUGGAUGCAAAAUACUCCACUCAAACUUUGCCUAACUUCUUAGAAGGCACCAACAGCAUUUCUUCAGUCCAAUCCUUUGACAUGACUUCAACGAGUGUUUUUGGUAAAUAUUCUGGCGAUUUUCCAACGAGUCUUAGUAUUAAAUUCCCGACCGGUAUGGCAACUUUGACCAGUUUGACUGGCCAUUCUUCUAGUUCAGUUCUUAGCGAAACAUCAAUCACCCAUUCUUCAAGCUUUGUCGCUACCGAAGCGUUAACUACCAAAACUUCAAGUGACAUUGCUACCAAUACUUUAGAGAGUUCUUCUCGCCAAUCUUCAAGUACGGCUACUAUCGAAACAUCAACUAGCUCAGUAGCCUCAUCUCCAAGCAUGGGUACUGUGGAGGCGUCAAGCAGUCAAUCUUCAAUCUUCAUUGCUAAUAGCAGUUCAAUGAGUUCUUCCCGUCAGUCUUUAAGAACAAUCACGAUCGAACCAGCAACCAGCCAAUCUUCAACUCUCAUCAUUACCGAAACAUCAACUAGCUCUUUUAAUCCCUCCUCAAAGGUCUCUGCUACUGAAACUUCAACCAUCUUUGCGAGCCAAUCAUCAACACCCACCACUACCCACCAUGUGUCCAGUACCGUGGAUGCAAAAUACUUCACUCAAACGUCAUCCAGCUUCUUGGAAAAUGACGAAACCGUGUCCUUGAUUCAAUCUAGUGACACGGAUUCGAGCAGCACUUCUGAUCAAUCUUCGAGCAUUUCCUCGAUUAACCGUACCAGUGGGACCUCAAUUGAUUUCGUAACCUUAACGAGUUAUGCCGACCAAUUUUCAAGUUCACCUGUUGUCGAACCAUCAAUCAGCUCAACCGCGCAGCAUUCAACCACGAUCACUAUCGAAUCAUUAAUCGGCCAAUCUUCAACUCUCAUCAUCACCGAAACACCAACUCCUUCUUUAUAUCCGUCUUCAAAGGCCUCUACAACUGAAACUUCAACCAUCUCUGCGAGCCAAUCAUCAACACCCACCAUUACCCACCAUGUGUCCAGUACCGUGGAUGCAAAAUACUUCACUCAAACGUCAUCCAGCUUCUUGGAAAAUGACGAAACCGUGUCCUUGAUUCAAUCUAGUGACACGGAUUCGAGCAGCACUUCUGAUCAAUCUUCGAGCAUUUCCUCGAUUAACCGUACCAGUGGGACCUCAAUUGAUUUCGUAACCUUAACGAGUUAUGCCGACCAAUUUUCAAGUUCACCCGUUGUCGAACCAUCAAUCAGCUCAACCGCGCAGCAUUCAACCACGAUCACUAUCGAAUCAUCAAUCGGCCAAUCUUCAACUCUCAUCAUCACCGAAACACCAACUACUUCUUUAUAUCCGUCUUCAAAGGCCUCUACUACUGAGACUUUAGCCGGCUCUGCGAGCCAAUCAUCAACACCCACUAUUACUUACCAUAUAUCCAGUACCGUGGAUGCAAAAUACUUCACUCAAACGUCAUCCAGCUUCUUGGAAAGUGACGAUACCGUCUCCUCGAUUUAUUCUAGUGACACGAAUUCGAUCAGUACUUCUGGUCAAUCUUUGAGCGAUUCCUUGAGCAUUCCUAGCAGUUGGUCAUCGACUGAUGUUACAGCUUCGAGCAGCUCAGACAAACAAUAUUUAAGCACUAUUUCCACCGAAACGUCAGGCAUUGCUUCCAGCCCGUUUUCAAGCAUCUAUCAUAUCUCCUCAAGCGACAAUACUUCGCAUGCAUCCACUACAAUGGCCACCAUUGCUUCAUCAAAAUCGUCGGAAAAAAUCACCAACAGGUCUUCAACUCGGUCGUCCAGCCUCGUUUCCUCUGGAUCUGUCGGCCAGUCGUCAACUCAGUUCGAAAUUCCUGUAAAUAUUUCAAGCACCAUAACUACCAAUUCUGUAAGCCACUCUGACAGCUAUUUUUUGGUACAAUCUACUGUUAAUGAAUUAAACAAUGAUAGUACCACAACUCCGACUCACUCAAAAGCCCAAACAUCGGCCAGCUUAAUUGCUAGCCUAUCAACGCGCACUACCACAAGCGCUCCACAGAUUUCUGAUAGUCAACACUUGAACAAUGAGGCUUCCCGUCUGUUAACACUCAGUACUUCCGAACCACAAGUUCUGCCUUGGUCAUUGCCCUCUUUCAAGUCUGGCGAUAGCAAUGCUGAAUUGUCCACCUUUGCUUCCUUCACCACCGUAUAUAAAGAAUGGAGCGGCACCUUCACACACACUUACUUCACUCAGGUAUCUAGGAUGUAUGACAACAGUGCUGAAAUGGCGAAAGGAGAAAUUAAAGGUCCCGAUCGUGGAAUAGUUAUAGAAAGUAUCCAUUAUGCCGAGACUCCGACAGCGUAUAAAGCUCCUACCGCCGUAACCAUGGGUAGCGGUGCUAUUUUUUCGGCAAGAAUAGAUAGCGAUGCAGCAGCGAAGAAAGAAGAGACCACAAUGGCCACAAUUACUACUUGCGGCUCCUAUCUCUGUACUGGAACGGUCUCGUCGGCCAUUAUUUCUACCGUUACAACUAAAAUAGGUGAUGCCGUUACAAAGUACACCACCUGGUGUCCACUUUCCGCUGCUGACUCGGUGGAAGAAAACACGGAGAUCUUUUUGACUUCCUCAGCAUUGGAUAUCCUGUCCGAGCCUCCUUCUGCUGUUAUUAAACCUACCUUUACAUCCACAAACGACAUCGCACGGCGCCCAGAACUGACCGUUGAUUCGUACUCUAGGACAGACGGCAGUGGCACUGUUGUCGCAUCAAAGUCUAUCAAAACUGCUACGUCUAGCGGCGGUUUCGGUGGAACUUCAGGACAUACUACAUUCAGCGCUAAAACGCAUGGAAGUGCUGCUUCUUCUUCUUCGAGAGUCACUAGCGUUAUAAGCCACGAAAGUUCUGCUUCUAUCAUCCCGGGACUUGUUAUAUCCAUUGGUAAUGUUCCUUCUUUUGAAUCGCCGCUGACUAAUGUUCAAUCUCUUAUAACUACUUCCUUCACGAGCGGCUCACACUUCCAAAUUUAUUCUUCAAGUAGCGUUCCCCACUCCGAUAGGGCUUCUCUGCCGCUAUCAACAUAUGCUGGUACUGCCAAUAACUUAUUAUCCAAUAGUGCAUGGAGUUUUUUAAUUGCCCUCAUGUGGUUGGUGAUUUCUUAA